UUUCAUACUUCUCUUGCAAUCUCUGUAGAAAUGACGAUCGCAUUGAUCCUACUUUGGUGGUUUUCGAUGGUGACCACGGCUGCUCAAGUCCCCUCCUACUACUACACUCGGCUUGAGUCUGGCGUUGCAACCGGUGCAGUUUGCUUGGACGGAAGCCCACCAGCGUAUGCUUAUGUUGAGGGCUACGGCACUGGAUCUUCAAGCUGGAUGGUCUACAUGGAGGGCGGUGGAUGGUGUUUUUCACUCGAAGAUUGUAUAAAUAGGUCACGAACAAAUCUUGGAAGCAGUAAAUAUGAAUUUAUUGGAAAUUCCCCCAACUUCACCUCCGGAAUACUAGACACAGACUCCAGAUAUAAUCAAUAUUUCUACAACUGGCAUAAAGUUUUUGUUCAUUACUGUGAUGGCUCGAUGUUUACAUCGGACAUCGAGCACGUUGAUGUGAGUAACAACAUCACAUUUCGAGGUGGGAGGAUAUAUAAAGCUGUGAUGGAGGAGUUGCUUCACAAAGGAAUGGGGAACGCUCACAAUGCUAUCCUGACGGGUACCUCAGCCGGUGGAUUGACUACAAUCCUAUACUGUGAUAGAUUUAGAGCCCUCUUUCCAAAUACUACUAGAGUGAAGUGCAUAUCAGACUCCGGUUUUUUCAUUCACGGGGAAGGUGCGUUGGCAAGCAUGUCUGGACGGCAUUUUGCUCGAGUGAUUGAAACAAAUCAACUUGGUUCAUUAUUGCCCAAAUCAUGCACGUCUAAAAGGGACCCCAAUUUGUGCCUCUUCCCUGAAUAUUUGGUUGAUGAUAUUUCCACACCACUCUUCAUAGUCGAAACGGCUUUUGAUCUCUUCCAGGUUAAAUACAAUUUUAUAUUCACUGUGCCUGGUCUUGGGCCGAAUCAGUGGGGUGAUUGCGGACAAUUCUUGGAAUCGUGCAAUUCCACUAAAAUAGGAAUCAUAAAAGAUUUUGGAUCUAUUUUUCUCAAAACAUUGCUCAAACUUGAUAAAUCUUCGAGUAGAGGGAUGUUUAUUGAUUCCUGCUAUCUUCAUGUCCAAAUUGUUAGAGAAAACACUUGGAUGUGCGCACCUUUACUUCGUAAUAGGACGCUGGAGCAAGCUAUUGGUGAAUGGUAUUUUGAUCGAAGCUCAUUUCAAGAAAUAGAUAAUAACACUUCGCCACAAGAUUGUUCUAGUAGUUUAAAUUAACUUGUAUCUCAUAUUGUUACUUCUAUAUGUUUAUAUAUUCUGAAGGGGUCCAAUUGGCAUAUCUAGUAA